GCCGUGCGCGGGCCGCAUCAGUCGCGAACCGGUCGCGAGCGCGCCAGCAUGAGGACCGCCGUGUCUUUGACCCGGGCGCUGCCGAGCCCCGCCCUCUCCGCCGUGGCCGCCGUCCUGGCGCUGCUGGCGCUGCUGCAGGCCGCCGACGCCAAGGUGUACGGCCGGUGCGAGCUGGCCAGCGCGCUCAAGUCCAAGGGGAUCGCCAGCAAGGACAUCGCGACGUGGGUGUGCAUCGGCGAGAAGCUGUCCAGCAUCGACACGGACACGGCCACGGACCCGGACGACGACGUGGACGGCACGGUGUACCACGGCGUGUUCCUCAUCAGCGACAAGUGGUGGUGCGACAGGGGCAAGGCCGGCUGCGGUGUCACCUGCGCCCAGAUGAAGAAGACCCUCGAGUCCAACAUCGACUGCGCCAAAAAGGUCUUCUCCGAGACGAAACGAAGUAAAAAGAACGGCUUCAAGGCGUGGGGCGCGUACGAGGACUGCCUCGAGCCAGAGAGCUACGUGAGGGGCUGCGCCGGCCUGGAGGAGGAGGACGAGGACAUCACCGUGUGGCAGCGCUCCGGCUUCAAAGGCGCGGGCAGCGGCAGCGCCCCCAGUGACGGCGCCGCCGACGAGUAGACGCUGUGUCCCCUGCAACUAACAGACUGACUCUGACAAAAAUGUGAUCUAAAAAAAAAAGCACAGCCAUAGCAAAAGGAAAAGCUUCGAUAGCCAGUAUUUUUGUUUAUUUGAAGGUAACAUACUGACAUAAGCCUUUAAAAGUUAUUAAUUUCAUUAAAACAUAUUUAUUCUGCAA